AUGCCCGUUCUCUACCUCCUCAUCGUGUUGAUAGCCCCAGUUUCCGGCCAAAUCAACCUCGGCACGUUCAAUUUGGGGCGAGACCCGUAUGGGCAGUGGAAUCUUGGUUUUAACCAGGGUGCAAAUUUGUUCGGAUUUGGCGGCGAUCGAGGGAUUGCGUUGAGUGGUGGGGAUCGAGGAUUUGGGAUGCAGACAAACGGCGGGGCACUGGUCGGCGGUGAACGAGUCGGCGUCGACUCUGGACUCGGUGUCGACAAGCAGAAUGGCCUCGGACUGGGCAGCUUACUAUCGUUCGGCAACCAACCGGCCAACCAACCAGGCGGCCAACUGCAGCAGUUCCUCCAAAACAUCGGACGCUUUUUCUCGGGGAUCGCGCCGACACCUGCAGCUGCACCAGCAGGCCCGUUAGGACGUGAAGUUUCGAGCUCAGGCGGCCCGCUGGGAACGAUAGGAGUCGCGUCCCGACCGGCUCCGAAUAUGCCACAACAACCAGACACCUCUUCCGAAAGUGCAGGAGAAGCGAGCUUCCCGACACUAGCUCCGGACACGCUCUCCGGAGACCGCGAACCCCCAUCAAUCCAGGCAAACAUCGAUGAAGCCCAUAAUUCGGUGGAAACGGUCGAUAGAAGACCGACGAAUCCCCGACGACUUCCCGGCCUCGUCGAUAUGAACGAAAAU